ACAAACCCUAAUUCUAUUUUCAUCUAAACCUCACAACCUCCAUCCUCUCAAGCCCUCGGUCCUUUCAAGCCUCUUUGCAAUCACCAAAACUUGCUGCCGUCGCCGUCUCCCUUGCUGCAGUCGUCGUCACCCUUGCUGCAGUCGUCGUCACCCUUGCUGCAGUCUCCGUCGUCACCCUUGCUGCAGUCGCCGUCGCCCUUGCUGCAUUCGUCUCCUCUCUCGCAGCAGUCGGCUUCCCCCUCGCCGGUCAUCAGCUGUAUCAAUCUAGAAGAACGCUGAGAUCAAAUUGUUAGUGCUAACUUCCUAUUUAUAAUUAGCAAAAAGCCCAAAAUUCCCUUUUUCCCUCAUAAUUCCUGAUUUUCUUAAAAACCGUAGUCAUCAAUUGCCAUGGAUCCUCAAGUAGUGAAAUCAGACCUAGUUCUUAUUCUUGAUUAUGGUUCUCAAUACACACAUUUAAUAACUCGCAGAAUUCGCUCUCUAAACAUAUUCUCUUUGUGCAUCUCGGGCACUUCUCCUUUAGAUGCCAUUACUGCACUCAACCCAAAAGUUGUAAUCCUCUCUGGAGGACCCCAUUCAGUCCAUUCUGCUAAUUCACCCACUUUUCCAUCUGGAUUUGUUGAGUGGGCGCAGUCGAGUGGUUGUUUUGUACUUGGAAUUUGUUAUGGGUUGCAAUUGAUUGUGCAAAAAUUGGGCGGGAAAGUUAGUCCUGGGGAAAAACAGGAAUAUGGGAGGAUGGAAAUUGAAGUAGGGAUGAAUUUGGGUAUUUAUGGGAAUAAAAAUGUUGGGGAUAAACAAGUGGUUUGGAUGAGCCAUGGAGAUGAGGCUGCGCAAUUGCCCAAGGGGUUUGAAGUUGUGGCUAUAAGUCAACAAGGGGCUGUUGCUGCCGUGGAGAAUCGGGAGAAGAGGUUUUAUGGAUUGCAAUAUCACCCUGAGGUGACUCAUUCACCAGAGGGUAUGGACACAUUACGCUAUUUCCUCUUUGAUGUUUGUGGAGUUUGUGCAAAUUGGAGCAUGGAAAAUGUGGUGGACGAAGAAAUUAAGAUGGUCAAAGGCACUGUGGGGCCUGAAGAUCACGUCAUAUGUGCUUUAUCAGGGGGUGUGGAUUCCACUGUUGCUGCAACUCUUGUUCAUAAGGCAAUUGGGGAUAGGCUUCAUUGUGUUUUUGUUGACAAUGGAUUAUUAAGGUAUAUGGAGAGAGAGCGUGUGAUGGAAACUUUUGAAAGGGAUUUGCAUUUACCUGUUACUUGUGUGGAUGCUUCAGAACAAUUUCUUAGUAAGUUGAAGGGUGUGGUAGAUCCUGAGAUGAAAAGGAAGAUCAUUGGAAAAGAGUUCAUUAGCAUUUUUGAUGCUUUUGCCCAUGAUUUGGAGCAAAAAUUGGGAAAGAAACCUGCUUACCUGGUCCAAGGAACCUUGUAUCCAGAUGUGAUUGAAUCCUGUCCACCUCCUGGAUCUGGAAGAACUCACUCACACACUAUCAAAAGCCACCAUAAUGUUGGAGGGCUUCCAAAAGACAUGAAACUGAAGCUCAUUGAACCACUUAAACUUCUAUUUAAGGAUGAGGUUCGUCAACUAGGAAGAAUCUUAUAUGUUCCCGAGGGAUUUUUGAAGCGGCACCCAUUCCCUGGACCUGGUCUUGCAGUACGUGUAUUGGGUGAUGUAACUGAAGGCAAUGCUUUAGAUAUUCUCCGCCAGGUUGAUGAGAUUUUCAUCCAAUCCAUAAAGGAUGCUGGGCUUUAUGAUACAAUCUGGCAAGCUUUUGCUGUGUUUUUGCCUGUAAGAUCAGUUGGUGUUCAAGGUGAUCAAAGAACACAUUCUCAUGUGGUUGCUUUAAGAGCUGUUACAAGUCAAGAUGGAAUGACUGCGGAUUGGAAGCUGCAAGUGUCUGGACUAGGUUUCUGCUCUACUGCUAAGAGUUCUUUUGAUAAAGGCAGUGGUCAAUAAAAAUUUAAAUUCAGUGAGAUAUUACAGGAGUGUGGAAACAAGAUGAUGGGAGUAAUCAAAGAGGAUCAUAAAGGUUGUAUUACUGAGUUUGGGAGUUGGUUAUGACAGGAAGUUCUAUCGAUCAGAAUUCCGCCAUUGUCAUGGUUAUUUGAGGAUUGUAAAUUAUUUGCUAUCGAAUGUGCAAUAAAAGGGAGGUUGAAGGACUUUGAAUGCAACAAUGGUAUGAGUGACAUAGCGGUACUUAUGCACGAUAAGGUCUGGAGCCUAGAAAUGAGAUCAAAGCAAGGUAGUUAUAUACCCAUGCGAGAAUGCUCUUGUAGUCAAUAUUGGAAAUUUGAUGCCGGCUAGGAACAACCGGCGGUUAAGUCUCUUGCUUUCUUUUGCUGCUUUGAGGAUGAGAAAGUGAUCUCAGCACCAGUUAACAUUGGUAAGAGUAGGAGACUUGAGGAUGUACAAGCCAUUUGUAUCCUUGGAUUAUUUGAAGUUUAGAGAUAAUAAUGAGGAAGAUAAGUUUGAUAAAUUGGAUACGUUGAAUGAAUUUGCAGGCUUGCCACUUCAAAUGCAUAUCAGAUAAUAAUUUUGAACGCUGUAAGCUGUUCUAGGUGAAAUACAUUUCAUUUUGUACCCUGGUUAACUAUGAAUUUCUUUAGCAUUUUCCAUCUGAUGUCCUUGAAAGCUGAACAGAUAAAAGGAUUUAGAUUUGACAAACAUGGCUGCUUUCCUCUGUCAAAAGAAAAGAUGUCAUUUUUCCCCUUCUCUUUGUAUCAUGUGGGUUUGCUCUUUAACGUAUCACUGAAAUUGAAGCAAAUUUUGUAAGGCAUGAAUCGUAUAAUGGUAUUCGCAUGCAUACUCAUCAUCAUUAGCUAGGUUGUUAAAUUUCACUUGAAACUUGCAAGGUAGCACUUUUUUUUUUUUCAUUUUUAGAAUACAGAAUUGAAUUCCUAUGCUCUCUAAAUGCUGAACCUCCAUUUCCUGCUUAGAACCAAGCAAGCUGGCAGUUUUCCACAUAACCUUUUUGUGCAGAUAAAUUUCAAUGCAGCUGCAGCGUAUGCGGUCUGUUCUGUUACGUCGUUUUAAGCCAUGUAAGAGGGUUGCAGAUAUUGGUGAUCCACAAUCUUGGAGGCGUUAGCACUGAGAAAAUUGAAACUAUUUAGCUGAAGCAUACGAAAAUGCUGCACCAGCUGUAGGAAUUGAAAAUAUUGUUGAAGAUGUUAGCAGAAAAUGGAAUUGGGUAGUUUCUGAUGAGCUCAAAUGUUCAAGUCCAAGUGGAAGUGGCUUCGUGGUAUCAUCAGACUGUGAUUGGCUCUUCACUUCAAUUACUUCUUGAAUCAAGUGUUUCGUUAUUCUUGCACAUCAUUUGAAUCUGAGGAUUCUAUUUUUGAUCUUCCAUCUUUUUCUUUUUCCUCUUGAAACCAGAUAGAUAGAUAUCCUUAGAUCUCCUGCUAGAACAACUUAAAUUACAGCAUCUGCUUGAUAUGAAGCUCUAGAUGUCAUCCCUAUCUUCCUCCUCUGCAAGAAGCUCCUCCAACUAGAGAUGCCACUUGGGCUGUUAACAGAAUCUUCUUCCCGGCAAAUUAUGCCAACAUAACGAGAACGGAGAUCCAAUCUCUUCCAAAGAAUGGACAUUUUGCACAAAUAACAGCAAUAGUAAAUUAUCUUUCUUGAUGUAGGUACAAGAAACCUAUCCUCAAUCAGAUAACCUAAUUUCUAUGA